UUUGUUGGCUGCAGCGCAGACAGGGGGCGAAGUUGCUGGUCGUCUAGUUGGCGAGCCGAAGAAGUUUCCUGCUUAAACUUGACGUAGUUCAAACAAAACCACUAUGACUUCGACGAACAUGUUCCAAGGAUUGGAUAACACCGGGAAAUCGAGUUCCAGGGUGCUGCAGCCUCCUGGCGGCGGCUCCAGUAACCUUUUUGGCGGCUAUGAGGACGACAGCGCCCCAUUCAGACGACCCAAUAAGAUGGCCUCCAAAGUGUUCGCCCCACCAGAGGAGCCCCAGAACGUAUCGAAACGCUCCAAUCCUCCAGGUGGGAAGAGCAGUGGGAUAUUCGGUGGACCCGAAGCACCGGCUCAGCCACGGAGACCCGUGCCUCCAGGUGGAGCAUGCAGCAACAUCUUUGGGGCUCCAGAGAGCGCGCCUGUUCAGAGCCCAAGCCGCAGCCACCCCAACAAGCCAAAGGACAAUCUAAGCGUGGGACCUGAGCCAGAAUCCCCAGGUGUGCCAGAGUCCCCAGGUGAGCCGGAAUCACCAGCACCCGAAGCCAAAGUCAGCCCACCGGCAGCGAAGGAGGAGAUCGCCCCCCCGGCUCCUGUUCCAGCCAAGGAGGAGCCCCCGGCCGUCUCAGCCAGUCCAGAGCCCAAAGCGGCGACCUCACCUCCCGACGACACUUUGCUGAAGAACCACGAGCCUCACCUGGGACCUAAGCCUCGCUCUCACAACAAGGUCCUCAAUCCCCCCGGAGGAAAGUCCAGCGUGGUUUUCUACUGACGGCCCGAGCCAAGCCGCGUCUCCCACUUUGUUCUGUCUCUGCUUCCAUGUUAAUGCUCCUCUCAUUCCUGCGCUCCACCUCUGAUGCUUAUUCCAGCUCCUCCAUACACAACCCGCCCGCAGAUGUAUUCCUCUGUCGGUGGCGUUGUCCGCAUCAGAUCACUGGUUUGUUGCGUUUUCUUCUUCUUUUUUCUUUUUUUUUGUUGCACUUUCCACUCUUGUAUUCUGAGUCUCGUCUUUUCAUUUUUUUUUAUUUUUUUUUCAAACUCCCCCCCUCCCUCACUAAAUACUGCAAUGAUACAAUCACACACAAGUCAAUCUGCUAGCUAGGCAUCUCCCAAUCCCUGCCACUGUACGUUAUGUCCAAACCCAGCUGUGCGGUUACUGUUGUCGUUAUUUGCAUUUUCAGGAUAUUGUAAAAUGAUUGGAUGAAAGCUAGAUGUACGAAAGCUAAAUUUGAAAUGCUGGUACUGUUUUCAGCCCCCAGUGGACCUAAGUUGAUAUUAUCUGUAGAUGGAGUUGAUUAAUACACUUGGAAUGGGUUUCGGUUAGGCGAGAUAAACUUUCUCGCCAAAGUUUUGUGCAAAAAAAAAAAAAAAAAAAGGAAACGUUUGCAGAAAUUCAUCUUGAACUUCAAGGUUUCAGCAUUGUAGCGCAGCGUCAGAUGCCUUAUCAGCGUUUUGUCAUCUUUCUGCCUUACUGUUUCUCAAUGCUCAGUGUCCAAACACAAUCUGUGGUAAAUAUGGGUGCCAAAAAAAAAAGAGUCAGAGAUGAAUGCUGUGAUGGAUUUCCAAAUGUUGCUGCCUCCUAAAAGAAAUUCCACUUUGAUUGUAUGUGAAUGUGUUGUGCGGGCUCUUCUCUCUGCUCUGUCCUCGGCUGCUCGCUCCGUCUGAGAACUCGCCUUUCCCCCUCGCUCGCGGCCGACCUCUGUUUUAUGUUUUAAAUUAAAACGGCUGAAGACAUGUGAACUCUAAGCAACCUCGCGGCCCACCUGAGUGCAGGUGGGCUCCUCUACGACCCCCCCCCCCCCUCCCCCCUCUUUCACCCACGUCGUUAAGCACAGACGAGUAUUUCUGAUGCCAGCCUGUCCCCUCUCUCUGUCGAUGUGCCUGGCAGCAAACGAGUGCAGCAGAAGAAAGGAGUCCUGUGUAUUGAAAUAAAAAAAAACUUGUUUUGCAUCGAAA